CCUCCUGUCUGUCCUCUCCUGCAGGCUCCGAAGCUGGCCGAGACCUACUGCGUCUGCCACCUGGCAACCGGGGACAUGCUGCGGGCCAUGGUGGCCUCCGGGUCCGAGCUGGGCAAGCGGCUCAAAGAGACGAUGGAUGCUGGGAAGCUGGUGAGCGAUGAGAUGGUGGUGGAGCUGAUUGAGAACAACCUCGACUCCCCUCCCUGUAAGAAUGGCUUCCUCCUGGAUGGCUUCCCACGCACGGUGAAGCAGGCCGAAAUGCUGGAUGAGCUCCUGGAGAAGAGGCGAGAGAAGCUGGACUCUGUCAUUGAGUUCAGCAUCCCUGACUCCUUGCUCAUCCGGAGAAUCACUGGACGGCUGAUUCACCCGGCAAGUGGCCGCUCUUAUCACGAGGAGUUCAGACCCCCAAAAGAGCACAUGAAGGACGAUGUCACUGGAGAGCCCCUGAUCCGCCGUUCGGACGAUAACGAAACAGCCUUGAAAACCCGCCUGAAGGCCUAUCACACACAGACCUCUCCCCUCGUCUCCUACUACAGCAAGCGAGGGAUCCAUACGGCGGUGGAUGCCUCCCAGUCUCCUGACGUGGUGUUUGCUAGCAUCCUGGCAGCCUUCUCGAGAGCAACAUCUGAGUGACUCCACGAACCAGAUGAGAGACCACCAAACGCUGCACGCUCUGCUACGUCACCCAUUGCAGCCCUCCCCUGGGUGCAGGGGAGGCAGGGAGGGCAGCUGGGAGGGGGUUACGAUUGAUGGGAGGGGAAUAAGGAGGUGGUAGACAAGGGUCUUGGGGGCUGAUUUGGCUGGUUUUUGUUUGGAUUUCUUAUUCAGCAGAAUCAUUGUGAAGAGGAGAUGGCCUUCUCCUUAGAAAUCACAGUUUGGGGAGGCAAAACAAUUGUACAGAAUGAAACAUCUCUGCCAGUGAUCAGACGCAGGUCCUUGACCUGUGAGGAGGGUAGGGCUAGGUGCUGUUCCAGGCUUCUCCAGGACUUUCAGGGUUUGUCUCAUGGGUUCUUGGUACUCUGAGGCCACUGCAAGGUUUGCUGUGAUUUUUCUAAAGUCGCUUCCUGUCAGCAAGGACCAAAAUGAACAAAUGACUCAUUUCUGAAAUGGAAAGGGAAAAAGAUGCCGUGGUCUUUUCCUGGAAGUUUUGUUUUUCUUGUUCUGCUGCAUUCCUAAACCUCAAGAGAGACUUCUCAAGGUUUCUCUGCUGCUGAACAGAGGGGCUGUGGCUCUAGUCCAAGCCUGCCUUACUUGGUAAUGGGGUGGCUUUUCUGUGAUCUUGACCAAGCUGGAAUUCACACAAUUCUGAAGAAAUGCAAAAGAGACUUUAAUUGACUGCAAAAAUAACACUUAAUUGGGGUUUUUUUGCAUUUCUUUUUAGAUCAAAUGGUGCCUUGUCUAACCUCUGAAUCAAUAAUAAAAUAACCCCUUUACAUUUUGUAUCUGUUGCUGUGUCCUCUUUGACCUGCAGACAGUGUGGAAGACAAGAGGAGGCAGAUGACAGCGCAGCCAACUAACAAUCGAGCUGGGUGGAUCCUUGGGCCUGAUCCUAUCUCAAGGAUGUUGUUCUGUGCAGUUGAAAAUGUGGCUUGUAAUUCCUUUUCUCUCUCUUCCUUGCUGAGUGUGUUCCAAUGCUUUAUAUCACCAUAGCAAUGGUGUCUUGCUGCUUUUGUCUCUCUCCUGUUUCUUCAUGCAUGAUGCUGAAAGCUCUGAGCCCCUGUGUAUCCUGACCCUUCCUGGUCAGAGCUCCUUUCAGGUGUUUUUAACUGAUGUCAUUCCUAGCCUUUCCCCCCCUCCCUUCACAUCGCUGGUGUGCAGAGGAGCUGAUGAUAUUUCCCUCUCUCCUCCUGCAGUAUCUGGAAGCCACAUACUGUGUUUUUUGUUUCUGUUCAUUUGCUUUCUGCCUUUCAUACCGUGUUGCAUCCUUCCCUUCUCUAGUUAUGCAGGGCAAAAUCUCUUAAUGAAAGAAACGAGAGCAUUUCCUGGCCUCCCUUUACCCUGCCUCCACAGGGACCCUGACCCUGGCUCUCUGAGGUAGCUCAGAGGAAGGCUGUUCUUGACAUGCUGAUGGAGGGUCAUCAUUUUUCUGCAAUGCCCUUGGUACCCCCCCUUGCAGUCCUGCUUGUGUUCAGGGCUUUGGUUUAGGCACUGUGGACAGGCACCAGAAA